AUGGCGAGAGGCUGGGAGGUCGCAGACGGCCCCACCGCCUCGCUCCGCUCCCUGCAGAAGGCCGAGGGCUGGGGGCACAGGCCUCACGUGUGUGUUGGGCGGGAGCUGAGCCUGGUGGGCCGCCGGCAGCCCUGUGUGCGGGCCUUCAGCCGGACGGUGCCCGUGUGGAAGCCCGGCUGCGGGCAGCAGGCCUGGUGUGCCGGCCGCGAGCGCAGGACCGUCUACUACACGGGCUUCCGGCAGGUGUACGCCGUGGGGGCCAGGACGGUGCUCAGGUGCUGCCCGGGCUGGAGCCAGCUGCCCGGAGACCAGGGCUGCCUGUCCCGGCUCCUGGGGGGCCUGGCGCGCGUCGCGGGCACGCACUACCGCUACCUCUGGAGGGGCUGCUACCCGUGCCAUCUGGGCCAGGCCGGCUACCCCGUCAGCGCCGGCGACCGGCGGCCAGAUGUGGACGAGUGUCAGACGCACAACGGCGGCUGCCAGCACAGCUGCGUGAACACGCCCGGCUCCUACCUGUGCCGGUGCCAACCCGGCUUCCGGCUGCACGCGGACGGCAGGACCUGCCUGGACGUGGACGAGUGCACCACGGGGCUGGCCCGGUGCGCCCACGGCUGCCUCAACACGCGAGGCUCCUUCAAGUGCGUGUGCCACGCGGGCUAUGAGCUGGGCGCCGACGGCCGGCAGUGCUACCGGAUCGAGCUGGAGAUCGUGAACAGCUGUGAGGCGGGCAACGGGGGCUGCUCCCAUGGCUGCAGCCACAGCAGCGAGGGGCCCCGGUGCACCUGCCCCAGCGGCUACCAGCUGGACGCAGACCAGAAGACCUGCGUGGAAGGGCCUCGGGCCUGCGCAGUGCUGGAGCUGCCCCAGUGGGGCCUGGACGGCCAGCUGCCCCUCGUGCGGGCCCUCCCCCACAUCGCGGUGCUGCGGGACGAGCUGCACCCCCUCUUCCAAGACGACUACGUGGGGGCCGAGGAGGAGGAGGCGGAGGCCCGGGGCGAGCACACCCUGGAGGAGAAGUUUGGUGAGAGGCGGCCGGCCGGGGUCCUCUGCCCCGGGGCGGGGGCGCCGACAGCACCCCAGCCUGCCCCCCACCGGCUGUGUGACCUCCCGCUGCCCUGCCCCUCAGCGUGUCCCCCAGACACCUACGGGAAGAACUGCAGCUUUUCCUGCUCCUGUCAGAACGGCGGGACCUGUGACCCCCAGACGGGCGCCUGCCGCUGCCCCCCGGGCGUCAGCGGAGCCCACUGCGAGGACGGUUGCCCCAAGGGCUUCUACGGCCGGCUCUGCCGCAAGAAGUGCCACUGUGCCCACCGCGGCCGGUGCCACCGCCUCUACGGGGCCUGCCUCUGCGACCCGGGGCUGUACGGCCGCUUCUGCCACCUGGCCUGCCCGCCGUGGGCCUUCGGGCCGGGCUGCUCCGAGGAGUGCCAGUGCGAGCAGCGCAACAGCCAGGCGUGUGACCCGAGGGACGGCCGCUGUGCCUGCAAGGCGGGCUACCGGGGCGAGCGGUGCCAGGACGAGUGCCAGCCGGGCUCCUUCGGGCCGGGGUGCCAGAACGCCUGCGCCUGCCCUCCCGGUGUGACCUGCAACCCCGUCAGCGGCGAGUGCUGGGAGCAGUGUCCCGCCGGCCACCGGGGAAAGGGCUGUGCCCAAGAGUGCCCCUCGGGGACGUUUGGCGUGAACUGCUCGGGCUCCUGCUCCUGUGGGGGGUGGCCCCCCACAGCCCCCCGAGAGCUCAUCCCCAGCCCCGGGCCCAGACGGGCCGGCGCCUGCGUCCAGGUGUUCACGGGCAGCUGA